GGUCUCUUUUCCUUUUCUUGGGCAAAGAUCUCAUCACAUUCCAUUCUCCUCCGAGAGCUCAAGCGAUUAGAUCUCCGGGAGAGCGCGAGCGAUCAUCGCCUCGCGGCUCGCCGGCGCCAUGGUUGUUCCUCUCAGCAGCGGCGCCGGCAAUUCCAGCAAUGGAUCCAGCGGCGGCGGCGCCUUGAAAUUCUUGAUCUACGGCCGCACUGGGUGGAUCGGCGGCCUCCUGGGGAAGCUCUGCCGCGAGCAGGGCAUCGAUUUCGUGUAUGGAUCGGGCAGGCUCGAGGAUAGGGCUGGAUUGGAGGCCGACAUUGCGGCGGCCAAGCCCUCGCAUGUGAUGAAUGCCGCGGGCGUCACCGGCCGCCCCAACGUGGAUUGGUGCGAGGAUCACAGGGUGGAGACGAUCCGCGCCAAUGUCGUCGGCACGCUCAAUCUCGCGGAUGUGUGCCGCGGCCAUGGCCUCUUGCUCGUGAAUUUCGCCACUGGAUGCAUCUUCGAGUACGAUGGAGGCCACCAGAUCGACAGCGGCGUGGGAUUCACCGAGGAGGACGCCCCAAAUUUCGUGGGAUCCUUCUACUCCAAGACCAAAGCCAUGGUAGAGGAGCUCCUCAAGAACUACGAGAACGUCUGUACACUUCGCGUGCGAAUGCCAAUCUCCAGCGACCUCGCCAAUCCUCGCAACUUCAUCACCAAGAUCACGCGCUACGAGAAAGUGGUGAACAUCCCGAAUUCCAUGACGGUGCUGGACGAGCUGCUGCCAAUCUCGAUCGAGAUGGCUAAGCGCAACCUCACGGGGAUAUGGAACUUCACCAAUCCAGGGGUGGUGAGCCACAACGAGAUAUUGGAGAUGUAUCGCCAGUACGUGGAUCCGAGCUUCAAGUGGAAGAACUUUAGCCUCGAGGAGCAAGCCAAGGUGAUUGUGGCGCCGAGGAGCAACAACGAGCUGGACACCAAGAAGUUGAGCUCCGAAUUCCCGCAGCUGCUGGGCAUCAAGGAUUCGCUGGUCAAGUACGUCUUCGAGGUGAACAGCAAAUCGAAGAAGUGAUAGAUCGCAAGAUAAGAUGGAUCGAUUGGAAGGAUUUUAAGGCGUUACAUUCAUAUCCAUCAUAGCUGGGAGAAAACUCUCAAGAACUCUGAUCAUGGAUCUUUCUUUCCUGUUCAAGGCCUAAAGUUCUGGCUAUGAUUAAGUGUUUGGUUUGUGUGUGCAAAGUUAAAAUUUUGAACGAA